AGAUAUGUCAAAAAUAUUUUAUUUUAUCAAAAAACUAAUGAAAAAGUAGAAAUAAACAAAAGUUUCUAUGACUGCUGAAAAAACAAGUGUAACAAAUAUUUUGGGACGGAUGGAGUAUUAGUUUUAAAAUGUUUUGAUCAGAAUUCAACGGUUGAAAAUUGAUGUAUUUAAGAGUACAAAUUAAGUGUAUUGCUAAAAUUUGAUGUGAAAUACGUGUUACCAUUUAAGUUUUCAACACUUUGGUGACUGUCGGUGGCAUUCAGGCGAGGAGGAGGGUCAGCCUUCACCAUCCAUCAUUGCGUCCUUACUAAUCCAGCUGCUUUCCCAGUGGAAAUAAUUUUCUUAAAAUUCCUUCUUUGAUUUCUACUAGCAUUUGAACAUUGUGGAAGAUGAACUCAUCCUCACCGUCCAUUACUUCCCUGAUUGAGAUUCUUCAUCUAACACCAGCUACACUUUACUGGCAAGAAACGGCAACUGCCGAAUAAAAGGAAGAAAUUUCCCCUGCCUCAGUUUCAUACAUUCCAGACCCCUAGAUCUCAGAUCACUCCCACCAUCCUCGCUUUUCAGAGUCGUUUUUUUUAUUGUUCUCCUCUCUGGGUUUGUCUCAUUUUCAGAGAAGAAACAAAUCGCGAGGGAAAUGGAGGUUCCGUUGAAAUUGGCGGGGUUGAUGUUAAUCCUCGUGGCCGCGGCGGCGGUGGCGGUGAACGGCGACGGGGAGGUGACGAAAACGCCGCCGACGGUGGUGAGGGUAAAGAAUAAAGUCAAGUACUGCUCCAAGUGGGACUGCAGUAGCGAUCGUGGCUCCCGGUAUUGCUGCAAUCUGACAAUGUCCGACAUCUUCGAUGUGUACCAGUUCGAGGAACUCUUCCAGAAGAGGAAUGCCCCCGUCGCCCACGCCGUUGGCUUCUGGGAUUACCGCUCCUUCGUCCUCGCCGCCUCCACCUACGGCCCCAAAGGGUUCUGCACCACCGGCGGCAAGAAGCAGCAGAUGUUGGAGCUCGCCGCCUUCCUCGGCCAUGUCGGCAGCCAAACUUCAUGUGGUUAUGGUGUGGCUACUGGAGGGCCAUUGGCUUGGGGUCUAUGUUAUAACAAGGAGAUGAGUCCUUCCCAAGACUACUGUGAGGAAUCCUUGGUCCACCCCUGUGCCCCUGGAGCCUCAUAUUAUGGUCGUGGCGCCCUACCUGUUUACUGGAACUACAACUACGGAUCUCUAAGCGAGGAACUUAAAGUUGAUAUCUUGAACCACCCCGAAUACCUUGAACAAAAUGCCACCCUUGCUUUCCAGGCUGCAAUGGCGCGCUGGAUGAUGCCGCCAAUCACAGGACAGACAACAGCCCAUAACAUCUUCCACGGCAUCUGGAAGCCCACCAGGAAUGACACUCUGGAAAAGAGAACUCCUGGUUUUGGCUCCACCAUGAACAUACUCUACGGCGAUCAAGUGUGCGGCAAAGGGGACGACGACUCGAUGAACAACAUCAUCUCCCAUUACCUGCAUUACCUCGACUUACUGGGUGUUGGUCGCGAGGAAGCUGGGCCCCAUGAGAAUCUGACGUGCGCCGAACAAAAGCCUUUCCGUGCACCCUCUCGCACUUCUUCUUGAGGUAUGUGUGUGUGUGUGUGUGAUGAUUCUGGCUUCCAAGUUUACAGUAAAAGAAACAAGAAACCUGCAGCAAUAAGAGGAGCAGUUAAGCUUUCACUUUGCACCUUCCGAUUUCGCCCCUGCUCUAUGUAUUCAUGAAGCUCUCUAUAUAUACACUCUGUAUUGUGCACUUGGGGAUCAUAUGGUAUAUUGUAUGGAUUGAUGGUUCUGUACGUGUGUGUUCUGCUGGCCUAUUGUUUGUGUAUUACUACUGCUAUGUACUCCCUCAGGUCCUUUAUAUAAGGCAGCAUCGAUUUUUUUUUUAUUGUGGAGAAUUUAAGAUUGAAAAUAAGUGUCAUGAUCAUAUUAUAAGU